AUGUCUGACUUUGGCGAAGAGCCGCCCGCAGACCUCAUCCUCGAGGCAAUUGACGGUGAACUGUAUGGCCCCAAGCAGCCCAAGGUCAUUCUGUUCGACAUUGGCGGUGUUUGUGUUGUCUCCCCCUUUCAGGCAAUCCUGGACCAUGAAUUGAGUCUCGGCAUUCCCCCGGGAUGGAUCAAUUAUUCCAUUUCCAAGUCAGCUCCCAACGGUUUCUGGCACCGCCUCGAGCGAGGCGACAUUGCCAUGGACGCGGCUUUUUUCCAAGGGUUUAAUGGCGACUUGCACCAACAGACGCUGUGGGACGCCUUCUACAAGCGGGAAAAGGCAAAGAAUCCCAAGUUGGAGGAUGUGACUCCUCCAUUGCCGAAACUUGACGGUGAAUGGCUUUUUAACGAAAUGAUGUCUUCAUCAACAAAACACGAUCCCUGGAUGUUUCCCGCCUUGCAAGCGCUCAAGGCCAAUAAUAAAUAUAUCAUCGGUGCACUCAGCAACACCGUCAUCUUCCCGCCGGGGCACAAGCUUCACCAGCCCGACUUCUUCACCGGCCCGCUCAAGGGACUCUUCGAUGUGUUCGUCUCAUCCGCGCACGUCGGUCACCGCAAGCCGGAGCCCAGCAUCUACCAACUCGCCGCGAAGAGGCUGGACGAGUUUGCCAAGAGCAAUGCCAGCUCACCGCGGAAUCGCAGUCUGGGGUGGGAGUCUGGCGUCCAGCCGACGGAGAUUCUGUUCCUGGAUGACAUUGGGGAGAACCUCAAGGCCGCUAAGAAUGAGGGCUUCCACACGAUAAAGGUAAACCUAGGCAGAGCCUACGAGGCCGUGGACGAACUGGAGAAGAUUACAGGGCUGGACCUGGAGGGAGACCACCCGAAAAUCCCAAUCAAGCCCAGGUUCACACGCGGAAAGGCUUCGAAGAUAUAG